AUGCUGGUGGCGCCCAAUCCCUCGAUGCCUGCGCACGGCGAUGCGGAUUUGGUCGAAGAUAUGGAUGAACCGCCUGAACCGCGUCCCAUGCCGGCCGACGCAUCCCCGAAUUAUAACAAUCAAUCAGCCACCGUGCAGCCAUCGAUGUCGCAUCCUAAGGAAGCCACAUCGCUUCUCACUCGCGCCCUCAAGAGUAGCCCGGAAACCUCCCCUACGGAGCGAUACUCAACCUUCCAUGAAUCCGCCUACACCUAUCGUUCUUACCCUCACAGCAACAUCAGUGGAAUAUCAACCGCGGAGCUCACCAGCGAUGGUGGCUUGACCAGCCCGUCCCUGUCUAAUACCCCAAGCCCGCCCUUGCCACCGCAGAUGAUGGGAAACACCGCACCUAUGAAUGGCAAGAGAAAUACUAGCACCAGGAUCACCAUCGCCAGUGGCGACGAACCCACCGUUGAAGCCAAUCUGGGUCGCAAGCGAUGCAUCAGUUUCGCCUGCGGUCGCCAAGGCAAGACUACCCAUCCGCAAAAGUCGACCUCGCCAACCAACAUACCGUCCCAGUCAAAUCAGGAGACACCCGAGCCUCCGAAGCGGAAGACCACUCUCACCUUCGCCUGCGCCGAGUACAAGUCCUCGCCUGCCCGUGAGCGAUCGCAGACUCAGAAGCUUUCAUUCCGACCCCGCUGCCGUGGUUCUCCUGCCCCCGUCGCUCGUAAGCCUGCUCCGGAGCAGAAGCCUCAACCUCAGAUCGACCGACAGCCUGAAAAGGAGAACAAGGCCGUCACCACGAUGCAUCCUCAGGCUGUGACUCCAAGAGGGCUGGGUAAGUUUGAAGAGUCUGAAGCUACCCGGUUCCAUGAGUUUGCCAGCUCGGUCGAAGAGGACGAUGAGUGGGUGACCAAGUCAACCGACUAUCCUCCCCAGAAGAUUACCCUCAACGAUUGUAUGAAGAAGGAGAUUGCAAUCCGCCAGCUCGGACAAGAGGCUGAGCAGGAGGCCCUAGACGAAGAGGAUGAUGAGGAUGACGAGGACGAGGAUGACGAAGAUGAAGAUGAAGAGGAUGAUGAUGACGACGACGACGGAGAAGACACCGAAGCACUGGCCGAUGACGACUCGACUGUGCACUAUUUUGACGACGACGGGAACGAAUCUGAUAAUGAGGCAGGGUUCGCCGACUCUGAUGACAGCGAUGAUGGUGGCUCGGAGUAUCAAUUUUGGGCACCAUCAGCCAUCAUGCCCGAGAUCAGCAGCCAGCCUCUUGAUUGUUUCCCUCCGACUAUGGAACGUCGUGCCUCGAACACGUCUAUCGACUCAUUGACUGACAAUCAUCAUCCGAAGUGGUUGCCUGCCCCUGUCCGAAAGACCAGCCAUCGUACGUCCAAGGCGCGUAAAAUCAUGCGACCUGGGACUCCAACCCUACCAGAUGGCACUGACUUUGUCUGUGGUACCCUUGACGAGGAUCGCCCAAUGGAGGCUGCGUACAAGUCCUGCUUGGAGCAAAGACGACUUUCAAAACAGAUCUUGAUUCCUCAGGACAUCGACCCCAGCUUUCCCACGAGCGAUCCUGAAGAUGACGAUGACGACGAGGAUCUGGAAGACGUCUCGCAUGGCGAAUAUGAUCUCUUCGUGCUCGAGCCUUCUCGUGGGCGCACAGAGGAUUCCUCUCGCAAACCUUCGCCCCGACACUCGCCGAAGCGGAUGAUGUCCCCUCCACCUCGUCGUGCGGGUCGAACAUCUCCCAAGCGCCUCAAGUCUCCUCCGCCACGAUCCCGUGCCUGCCGUGCCAAAUCGCCAUCGCCUUGCAAGCGUACAGACUCCUCCGAUGAGAUGCCUGUCCUCGAAUCGUCUUCUCCCCAAGGGCUCAACAUCAGUCACUUGGUUCAGCGUCCUCACUUGGCACGCACCAAGUCUCUUCCACGUACGCCCAACCCUUUCUUCACUCGCCUCGAGCAGUCACGUCCGUGGCACAGCAUUGCCGUCUUGUCUGAAUCUCCUGAGCUUGAGCGCUCGCGCCCACGCGAGCUCCACACACGUGGACCUAUCGACAUUGUCGAGGGGCUUGAACAGAAGCGCCAGAAACGCAAGGAGAAGUACUGGCGUCAGCACUGUCGUAAAGCUGCCAAAGAACAACUGAGCCGGCGACCUAUUCCUGGAAAAGGAGCCGAGAGGAUGAAGGAACUUGGUCUCGAAGUUGCUGAGAGAUGCCGAGCUUACGGCGUCGCCCAAGACACUCAACUUGUUCUUUCGGUCUAG